GCUGGGAGCGCGCGCGGCCCGCCGGCUAGUCCGUCCCCUGACCCGGAACCGCACUGGUGCCGCCGCUAGCCGGCUGCCCACGUGCCUGCAACAGCGGCCACGUGGGGCCCUGAGGAAACGCCUUUACAAAGGUUUGUCCCCUGCGCUGCCCAGUAGGGAGGAAAACCGGAGGAGAGCGCAGGAGGAAACAGUACCGGCUGGAGGCCGGUCUUGCAGGAGCGGGGGACUGCCGGGGGCGGGGCUUGGUGGUGACCGCUGGCGGGGCGGGGCCUGGGGCUCAGAGGGGUGGGCUUUGGAGAGCAGAGGGUCGACGCUGCUUCGUUGCCUGGACUCUUUGGUUUCCGCCCUGGAGCAAGCCCUGGCCUGGUCGGCAGCUGGGCCGCCAUGGAGUCCACGCUGGGCGCGGGCAUCGUGAUAGCCGAGGCGCUACAGAACCAGCUAGCCUGGCUGGAGAACGUGUGGCUCUGGAUCACCUUUCUGGGCGAUCCCAAGAUCCUCUUUCUGUUCUACUUCCCCGCGGCCUACUACGCCUCCCGCCGUGUGGGCAUCGCGGUGCUCUGGAUCAGCCUCAUCACCGAGUGGCUCAACCUCAUCUUCAAGUGGUUUCUUUUUGGAGACAGGCCCUUUUGGUGGGUCCAUGAGUCUGGUUACUACAGCCAGGCUCCAGCCCAGGUUCACCAGUUCCCCUCUUCUUGUGAGACUGGUCCAGGCAGCCCUUCUGGACACUGCAUGAUCACAGGAGCAGCCCUCUGGCCCAUAAUGACGGCCCUGUCUUCGCAGGUGGCCACUCGGGCCCGCAGCCGCUGGGUAAGGGUGAUGCCUAGUCUGGCUUAUUGCACCUUCCUUUUGGCGGUUGGCUUGUCGCGAAUCUUCAUCUUAGCACAUUUCCCUCACCAGGUGCUGGCUGGCCUAAUAACUGGCGCUGUCCUGGGCUGGCUGAUGACUCCCCGAGUGCCUAUGGAGCGGGAGCUAAGCUUCUAUGGGUUGACUGCACUGGCCCUCAUGCUAGGCACCAGCCUCAUCUAUUGGACCCUCUUUACACUGGGCCUGGAUCUUUCUUGGUCCAUCAGCCUAGCCUUCAAGUGGUGUGAGCGGCCUGAGUGGAUACACAUGGAUAGCCGGCCCUUUGCCUCCCUGAGCCGUGACUCAGGGGCUGCCCUGGGCCUGGGCAUUGCCUUGCACUCUCCCUGCUAUGCCCAGGUGCGUCGGGCACAGCUGGGAAAUGGCCAGAAGAUAGCCUGCCUUGUGCUGGCCAUGGGGCUGCUGGGCCCCCUGGACUGGCUGGGCCACCCCCCUCAGAUCAGCCUCUUCUACAUUUUCAAUUUCCUCAAGUACACCCUCUGGCCAUGCCUAGUCCUGGCCCUCGUGCCCUGGGCAGUGCACAUGUUCAGUGCCCAGGAAGCACCGCCCAUCCACUCUUCCUGACUUCUUGUGUGCCUCCCUUUCCUUUCCCUCCCACAAAGCCAUCACUCUGUGACCACCACACUCCAGGAGGCAGCCCCAUCCCCUUCCAGCCCCUAAGUAGGCCCUCCCCUCCCUAAAUCUGCUUCCGCACCACCUGGUCUUAGCCCCAAAGAUGGGCCUUCUCUCUCCCAGAUAAGUUGGUCCUCCCUCUGCCUUUCCUCUCAAGCCCCCGAAGAGCAAAGGCAACAGCAAGACCAGCAGGUUCUUGCAACACUGUGAGGGGCAGCCAGGGCGGCCCCAAUAAAGCCCUUGAAUACUUUGA